AUGUAUUUGACAAUAGCAAGUAUCUUCUUAAUUCAAACUGUGAUAGGGAUUUUGGGCAACCUCUCACUUCUCCAACAUUACUUGGUCCUUCAUUUCACCAAGUGCCACUUAAAAGGCACCGAUAUUUUUAUUAAGUACAUACUUGUAGCUAAUAUCUUGGUACUUGGUAAAGGAGUCCUAAAUGCAAUGGCAUUAUUUGGGUGGAAGUAUUUCAUCAGUGAUCUUGCAUGCCAACUUAUUCUGUAUAUGCACCGAGUGGGGAGAGGGGUCUGCAUUGGUAGUGUCUGUCUCUUGAGUGUUUUCCGCGUGUUCACCAUCACCUCCAGAUUCUCCAGGUGGGCCCAGCUGCGAACAAAAAUCCUCAAGCAUGCAGGGGUCGCUCUUAACUUGUGGUGGAUUGUUGUCUUGCUGGUGAACAUUCCCUUCCCUCUCUUUAUUACUGCCACAUCCAGCAACAGCAGCUUUGACAAAAAAGUCCUUGGGUAUUAUUCUACUGUGAUUCACGAUGCUACCUGUGAUAUAUUAUAUGCGGUGCUGCUCACCGCCCCUGAUGUGCUCUGUUUGGGCCUCAUGAUUUGGGCCAACAGCUCAAUGGUUUACAUCUUGUACCAGCACAAACAGAGGAUUCGGCACCUACACACAAACAACAUCUCCUUCCGGUCUUCCCCCGAGACCAGAGCCACCCAAAACAUCUUUUCCCUGGUGAGCACUUUUGUCUGCUUUUACACCCUUUCCUGCUCUUUUCAAGUGGUGCUGUCAAUUAUGAAUAAUCCUACUACAUUGUUGGAAAACUUAGUUGUGGUCAUGUCUGCCAGCUUCCCCGUUGUCAGUCCCUUUUUGCUCAUGCGACAAGAAACUAGUGUGAUCAGGCUUUGCUGUAUUCUGAUGAGGAAUCUCAAAUUUGGGGGUCCAGAGGGGAACACAUAG